GGAAAUCAUCCCCACGAUUCAUCCACCGUUUCCGGCCAAGGGAACCCCUCGAGGGUUGAACUGCGAACACAUACUACAUUUCCUCGUAGAGUGUCGUCGCGUGCCACCUUCACUCGUAACCACGGUACGAGAUUCAAGAGCCAGAGGAUCCGUCCCGCGCGGAACCUCUUUUCCUUCUCUGUGUUUUUUUCUUUCCUUCUCUGAGCGGAGGACUCUGCGUCGGUCUUAACACUUUGGGGGCAACAGGAACCAUUAAGGAGUUGGAUGAAACCGCGCCAUUAAACCAAAGUGAAACAAACGCCCCCCUCCCCCUACCUUUUGUAUUCCCUGGCAUGGAUUCUUCAGGUCCACGAUAUGCGCCUGAUGAUCCUGCACUUCCCAAGCCUUGGAGAGGUCUUAUUGAUGGGAGUACUGGUUAUCUUUAUUACUGGAAUCCUGAGACUAAUGUUACACAGUACACAAGGCCUAUGCCACUCUUGACGGUCCUUCCUGUGGGUCCUCCUCCGAGGUCGUGUCCGAGUUUGGCUCCUAUUCCAUCUGCCCAGAAACAUGAUUUUUCUUCCUCAGUGGAUUCUCAAACAGGGGUUUCUUCAUCCUAUAUCCAGCAAGUGGCCCCCACAUUAUCUCAGUUUCAUCAAGCAAUGGCAACUUCAAAUCAGGCACAACAAUUGGGUAUUUCUUUGCAUCAGGUUCCACAUACAGUGCAACGUCCUCAAGUUCCACAAACAGGUCAACUAGUAGAUCAGGUGGAACAAACAGAUCCUGGAUUUUCACAGGUCCAGCAAGUGGUGACUGGUUUAUCCCAGCUUCCACAAUCAGAAUCAGUUUUGAGUCAGGUUAAUGAGGAAGGACAUAUUUCAUUUCAGGCUCCACCAUCCAGGAUUCACUUAAUUCCCCAACAAAAAGGGGGAACAUUAUCAGAUAUCGAGCAAACUGCUGAUUCUUUAUCUCAGGUCCAAAAAAGAGAGGCACCAUCUCAAUCACAACGAGUAGCACCAAACUGCUCUCAGGCUCAUCUAGGAGCCCCUCCUUUUGCACCGGUGCACCAGCCUGACAUGUUUGCGUAUCAAAUCCAACAGUCAGGGGCAUUAUUUCAUGAUGGUCAUCAAACAAGAAACAAUUCCAUCCAAGUACAACAAAUGGGAGCUAAUAAUGUUCAGGAACGCCAAAGCAGUCUUCCUUCUCCUCAAGCACCAUCAGGUGGAAAUUCCUCUAUUCAGAUACACCAGUUUGGGCCAGCCCCUAUGCCAUUGCAAACUGGAAUUGCGUCUCAUCCCAUGUAUGAUGGAAUUGAUCCCUCUAGCUGUAGAACUCUAUCUUUAGGAUCAGCUCCGGUUGUCAAUAGCCACCAGUGUGUUGGAUCGUCAGUAGCAGCUUGUAAGAAUCAUGAAGAUGAUCAAAAUGGAAGGCCUUGUGGAAAAUCACUUUUGCAUUAUAACAAUGAAGAUAACACAAAGAUCACACCACAGCACCAUGAACUGAGAACAGAUGGUAUGCUUCCGCAGAAUACAUCUGCAGCUAACAUAGUAGCUGGAUCUCCAAUUGUUGACAUGUAUAAUUACUGUUCUUCUGGACAAUCAUAUUCUAGUGGGCCCAUCAGCAAACCUUUGGGGAUUCAUGGCCCUGCUGAUCUGAAUAAAUUCAUGUCUGUUGAAGCAUAUAGACGACAUCAUGAAGUCACUGCCGUGGGAGAGAAUGUUCCGGCUCCAUUCAUAACCUUUGAAGCAACUGGUUUUCCUUCUGAGAUACUUAGAGAGAUGCACUCUGCUGGCUUUGCUUCCCCGACACCUAUACAGGCACAAACUUGGCCUGUUGCUCUGCAGGGUAGAGAUAUUGUUGCUAUAGCUAGAACAGGUUCCGGGAAGACCUUGGGCUAUCUCAUUCCUGCAUUUAUUCAUCUGAGGCAGUGUAGAAAUAAUCCUCAGAUUGGCCCAACUGUGCUGGUUUUGGCCCCAACACGGGAACUUGCUACACAAAUACAAGACGAGGCCAUAAAGUUUGGGCAGUCAUCAAGGAUUUCUUGCACGUGUUUAUAUGGGGGAGCUCCAAAGGGUCCUCAGCUGAGAGAACUUGAACGGGGAGCUGAUAUAGUAGUAGCAACUCCUGGACGACUCAAUGACAUUUUUGACAUGAAGAAGAUUAACUUCUCUCAAGUAUCCUUUCUUGUUCUUGAUGAAGCAGAUCGAAUGCUUGACAUGGGAUUUGAACCCCAAAUUCGUAAAAUUGUCGAUGAGAUCCCAUGCCGCAGGCAAACACUUAUGUAUACAGCAACCUGGCCAAAGGAUGUGAGGAAGAUUGCUGGUGACUUGCUUCUGAACCCAAUUCAGGUGAACAUUGGUAAUGUGGAUGAACUUGAGGCCAACAAAGCAAUUACACAGUUAGUUGAGGUAGUUUCCCAACCAGACAAGCAGCAACGUCUGGAGCAGAUUCUUCGAUCUCAAGAACAGGGAUCCAAGGUUAUCGUCUUCUGUUCAACGAAGAGGUUAUGCGAUCAGCUUGUUCGUAGCAUUAGACGAAACUUCCGUGCAGCUGCCAUUCAUGGAGACAAGUCUCAAGGUGAGAGAGACUGGGUGCUGAAUGAGUUCCGCACUGGCAGAUCUCCAAUACUAAUUGCCACUAAUGUCGCUGCUAGAGGACUUGAUAUCAAGGAUAUAAGGGUGGUGAUUAAUUAUGAUUUUCCUACCGGUAUCGAGGAUUAUGUCCAUCGAAUUGGCCGAACUGGAAGGGCUGGUGCUACUGGUAUAUCAAUUACCUUCUUUUCUAACCAAGAUUGGAAGUACGCUGCAGAUUUGAUCAAAGUCCUUGAAGGAGCUAACCAAAGGGUGCCUCCAGAAGUAAGGGAGAUAGCUACACGUUAUGAAAAUUCUGUAAAAGGUGGACGUGGUGGAGGCUUCACAAGAUGGGAUUCUGGAAGCCGAGGAAUCCAUGAUGGUGCAGACAUUCAUAUUCGUGGCCCGGGCCAUCGUGGUGGCAAAACUGCUCCUGGUGGUGGUCGUGGUGACCUUUUCAAUGGCCAUGGUGGAGGGUACAACAAUAAGUUUUCUGGUGAUUAUAGUGGUGGCCAUGGUGGUGCCUUUGGUGGUUGUCGAAAUCGAGGGCGAGGAAUUGGUGGGGUUCCUGGUGGUCGGUAUACUGGGGCCCCUCACAGCCGUCUUACUGCUAUUGGCGGGCAAGGAAAAUUUGAUGGUCAAAGGGCUGGUGGCGGACGAACUAAAUUCAACAGUCACAAGUCAAGUCCAGACAAGGUGCGGACUUGGGGUUACAGUAGGAGUCGAUGGCGUAGUAGGAGUUUGAGUAGUUGCAGCAGAAGCAGGAGCCGCAGCCCCAGUAGAAGCAGGAGCCGCAGCCCCAGCAGAAGCAGGAGCCGGAGCUAUGACCGUUUCUCAAGAGGGGAUGGCUCACCAGCAAGAGUGAGGUCUCCACUGCUGGAACCAUUGCCUUGCUUGACCCAUACUCCAAGGGGUGACUUGGUCCCUCCUAUAUUAGUGCAAGCAGAACCGGGGCAGAUGCCUGCUGGAAGUUCUCAUGAAGUUCUAACCUAACUCUGGGCUUUCGAAGUGUAACCUUGCCAGUGUGAUUCGGUUGAUGCUUGCUUUCUUUUGAUCUUUUUCUUUCUUACAAAAGGACCUAUACCUGAUCCCUUUUCAGAAUAGAAGGGAUGUUACGAGUGUAAAUGUGCUUGACAAUAUAGGAAGAGACCAGAAGGGAAUUGAAAAAAAGUGAAUUGAUUUGUGGUGUUCCGAGUGUAUGAUUCUGGUUUUUUUUGUCGUCUACAUGGUAAGCCAUGUCUUUCCUCUGCGACCGUGUCCUUUUUUGAAUGUUGUAUGACCCAAAUUGGUUCCAGCAUUAGGCUUCUCUAUUUUCUCGGGGUUGUAAUAUUGUCUCCUAUUGUGUUGGAAAUAUCAUGGACGGGAACUAAUGAUGCUUUUGGCAUCCAAUUUUUGUGUUAGUGAAAUAUGUGUUGCCUCAGGGCGAUUUCAUGUUGCUCA